UCGGCGCUCUGAUCCCCCGGUCAACCACACCGGUCUACCGGUCUAUUCAGUCGUUACUGAGGGGAAGAUGGUGGACUUGGCGACGGCAGCGUGCUCGAAACUCCGCCCCAAACACUUUGGAAAAGACUUGAUAUCUAAACCUAGUAUAAGAUAUAGAUUACCUGGGGACAAUCAUAGAUAAUACACAGUUAACAGCAGUCGGAGACGUUAUUUUCGCCACCAGUGAACUGUUUAUUUGGAGACUGAAAAAGCGGGGAGUUGGCGGAGCGUGGUGGUGGUUGGUGCUAACAGCCGUUAGCCAAAGUGUCAACAAGAGUGUGAAAGGAGGUGAAACUGUGGGACCUUUUCAAACAGUUGUCAAGAUAAACCACGAAGACUAUAUAGGCUUCUGCUGCUGCUCUCAUCGCAUCAACUGUCAAAUCUGUGAGGAGCGUAUUUGACACUUGGACUAAAGGCAGGCUAACUUCAGCUAGUUAGCCUCAGCUAACUGUGUUGUAUAUACUGUGAUCAAAGUGCUUCCAAAAUGCCGCGGAGUAAAAAGGGGAAACGUGGCUCUAGCAAGCCGGGCUCUCUUCGUCAGGAGGUUCUUCAGCUGCAGCUGUCGGCUAAGGGCUCACUGAAAGGUAUGAAAAAUGGGGUGAAGGGAGAGAUGGGUGCCAGCGAUGAUGAGCUGACGUCUGAUGUUCUGAGCCACUACAGCAGUGCCAGUGAAACCACCUCUGUGAUGGAUGAAGGGACAGGAGGGGAGCAGGUGGACGAACAGACUGCUCAGGAGGAAACGGAAGAUAAACUCAAGCAGUGUAUAGACAACGUGAUGGAUAAGAGCACAAAGACACGCCUUGCAGGUCUUGAGUCAUUACGACAGGCCUUCUCUUCUAGACUUCUGUAUGACUUCCUGACAGAGCGACGCCUCACCAUCAGUGACUGCCUAGAAAGGAGCCUUAAAAAAGGGAGUGGUGAAGAGCAGGCAGCAGCUGCCACAGUCUUCACUUUGCUCUGUAUCCAGCUGGGGGGAGGAGAUGAGGCAGAGGAGGGCUUCAAGAUGCUUCGCCCAAUUCUCACCGCCAUUCUUAUUGACAACAGUGCCAGCAUUGCUGCCCGGCAGAGUUGUGCCAGAGCGUUGGGAAUGUGCUGUUACGUCUCUGCUGCUGAAGAAGGAGAGGAUUUGAUCAAGUCUGUGGCUCUUCUGGAAAGCGUGUUCAUGUCUUCCUACCCCAACAGAGAGGGAACUCUGCCCACACCCAAACCUGGCAAUUCAAGCCUCCACUGUGCUGCUCUGCAGGCCUGGUCACUGCUGGUCACUCUCUGCCCCGCAUCUCAUGUGACUGUGAUAAUUGACCUUCACCUCCCAAAACUGCAAGCAUGCCUACAGAGCAGUGACGUCAACUACAGGAUAGCAGUGGGAGAGACCAUUGCUUUACUUGUAGAGCUGGGACGAGACAUAGAAGAGGACUUUGAGGUGGAGAACAGUGAAAGUCUAUGUGAAUGUCUGAAGAGUUUAGCAACAGACGGCAACAAACACAGAGCCAAAAACGACAGACGGAAACAGCGGUCCAUCUUCAGAGAAGUGCUUCAUUACAUAGAGAACGAAGACUUCACAGAGGAGAAGAUCAGGUUUGGAGUUGAGAGUGUUUACAUCGACAGCUGGAUGAGGAGGAGAAUAUACGAUGCCUUCAAAGAGAUCCUGGAAUCUGGAGUCAGACAACACUUACAGUCAAACCCACUACUGAGAGACAUCUUUGGACUUGGCGCUCCCCUCAUUCUGGACGCUGCUGUUAAAGCCAAUAAGAUCUCUAGAUUUGAGAAGCAUCUUUUCAACUCAGCUGCCUUCAAGGCCAGGACGAAACAGAGGAACAAAGUCAGGGACAAACGGGCUGACGUCAUGUAGAAGGACAAAAAUGGAGUCAUGAUCGAGGAACUCCCAGGGCUGCAACAAGACGGAUAUAAAACAAUGCCUUCAACAGUUCAACUGUCAGACACAGAGCCUUGACAAACUUUAAACAGGGCUUUAUCACUUGUGCUUUACACCUGCAAAACAUACUCCAGACUGAAAAUAGCCACCAUUUUUACUAUUAAUUACUCUUUGUCCUAGCAGCAGGGAAUCUUUUCACACAUUUUAAUGCACAAUAGCAACAAAAAUGCUCCCCAAAGGUAGCACUGACUAUUCAAAUGUACAACUGUUAAAUGAUGAUAAACCUUUUUAGUGUGAAUGUUAUUGAUAAAAUAAAGAGAGAUGAAGUAUUUAGCCGUAGUAUAAGGGUCAAAUACUUUAAAACUCUAAGACAGAUUUCAGGUGUUACAGUCACUGAAACCCUCUGUGGUGCUAUUGAGUAUUGGUUUCAAUACUCAGCUUGAACUGCUGACCUGUGUCUUUUAAAACUAUUUUUGUGACUCCAGUGGCCACAUAGUAUUUUUUCUGGACAUAACCAGCCCUGGAUAGUCCUUAAAACAUAAUAUCUUAAGCAUCAUCUUCUGUAAAAACAACCUUACAAGAGCCUCUAACAUACUCCUCUGCUUUGGGAUAAUGAUGCCUCAUUACUCCAUCAGUGGCUAAACGAGCUGCCAAACCAGAAACUUACUUUACAAUCAAUGCAACCUUAAAAGAAAUAUGUGUGGUGUUUGUGUGAGUGUUUUAUUUGAGUUUUAUUUAACAUAAUAAAAUAAAACCUUAAAACAUUUAAAAACAGGAAGAUGCCUAAUUAAUAAAAUGAAAUCAAAGAGAUAAUAUGAAAUCAAAGAGUUAAUGUCAUUUUGUACCAAUAUUUUUUGGAGAGGGAAAAAAUGUUUUAACUGUUUCUGGUGGAUAAUUGUAUUUUACUUUCUAAUUUAUUAAAAGAGCAGUACUGUGUGAUUUUUAAAAAACUUAAAAUUGCUAAGAACUGUUUACAGACACAACUAUUGAAAGACGAAGAGUAUAGUUUUUUCUCCGUGUAUAUUUUAUUGCCGGUUAAGUGGGUAACGUGCAUGGAUCGCAGAUAGAAUGUGCAUAGGGAUUUAUGAUACUAUAUUUACUUGAAUCAUGAGAUGUAUAAGGUAUAUGCAUACCACAAAUCAGAGCUGCUUAUCAGAAAAGUUUGGUUGUAUUUCUAAGGAGAUUUUAAUUCCUGAUUGUUGCUGCACUCUCAAAUGUGCUUUUUAUUAUGAAGAAUUUUAAAAAGCACUCUUCACCAGCCACUAUGGGAUUUAAGAUACUUGGUGAUCAAGUUCCAUCUCUAACAAGAUUUUGGUUGCCCUCUAAAGGAUGAAAUCCAACAACAGGCUUUAAAUAACAACCAAACACAAUCUCUGAUCUGGGGCUCUGGUUUUGGAGCACAUGGAUACAAGAUGGAUCAAACAAAAUAAAGAAUAUUUGAGCA